GUUUUCCGACAACAACUUGAUUGAGAGAAUCUUCGACCUUGCCUGCGACCUUGAAUCGCAAUUGCGCACGCGUGGUAAUUGGCUCGAAUUGGAGUUGAUUGUUGACACUUCCCGUUUAAGCGUCUUGGGGUCCACCCGCCAAACACUCUCAAGAUGAAAUUAAGAAAGACUGCCAGAGGCGUUCUCAAGCGUCUGCGACCAAAACAGACCAUUAUAGACCCAGCAAAUGCACCAAAGGCCUCCGAGACACGUUAUAAUGUUGUUCUGAGUUCUCCAGACGCGCAGGAGUCAGAGGAAGAAACCACGCGUCUGCCGGGACAGCUGCAGCGGGCCGCCGCAGGUACAUCUGCAAGCAUUCUGGGCAAGAGGGGCAGACUCUCGAACAACAUGGGACACCCUAACAUCUCCAUACACGAGGACCAAGACGAUCUUCUCCACGAGACACGUCGCCCACAGAAUGUCAAGGUCAAUGAGAUGGAACACAUUCUAUCACAAGACGAGGAGUCUGUCGAAGGCUCGUAUUCUGAGGACUCGGAAGAAAGUGACGACGAGGUAGAUGAGAGCGUCAUAGAAGACAUGCGCAAGCUGGAAGAAAGCUUCAAGGGCAUCUCUGCGAAGUAUCGACUGAUCAAUCGCAUUGGCGAAGGUACCUUCUCCACCGUAUACAAAGCCGAACAACUCCAACAAGACGAAGACCCGGAUCAAGAGAAUGAUGAGCCCGAAGACGAGUCUGAUACUCAGGGCCCACCUUCGAAGAGGCGGAAGACGAAUACUGCUGCUGGUACACAUACAAGGUUGCGACGAAGACCACAGAUUGUGGCUCUGAAGAAGAUCUAUGUCACUUCGUCACCGCACCGCAUCCUGAACGAGUUGGAGCUUCUGCAUGAACUCCGAGAGUCCCCAUACAUAUGUCCCCUGUUAACAGCGUUCCGACACCUCGAUCAAGUCGUUGCCGUACUGCCAUACUUUCGACACCUGGAUUUCCGCCUGUACUACCGAGACUUCCUGGUCAACGACAUGAGACACUACUUCAGGAGUUUGUUUAAUGCUCUCUGGCACGUCCACAAGGCAGGUAUCCUCCACCGAGACAUUAAACCAACCAAUUUCCUCUAUGACCACUCCAAGCGACAAGGCGUCCUCGUCGAUUUCGGUCUCGCUGAACGGCAAGGCACCGACUGGCAGCCAUGUCUAUGUUGCGAGGCGAGAGACAAGCGAAAGGACAAAUUCCUCAAUUCUUUCGCUGUACAGAUCCUCCAAACCCAACCCGAUCUCAUGUCGACUGGCUAUCCCAAAUCCGACAGCCGGCCGUCUCGACGCGCAAACAGAGCUGGCACCCGUGGCUUUCGAGCCCCAGAAGUGUUGCUCAAAUGCACUUCUCAAACAACCAAGAUCGACAUCUGGUCGGCAGGUGUAAUUCUGCUGACGCUCCUGGCACGGAGAUUUCCAUUCUUUAACAGCGCGGACGACGUCGACGCCAUGAUCGAGAUGGCCUCGAUCUUUGGCAGAAAGAAGAUGCAGGCUGUCGCCGCCAUGCAUGGCCAACUGUUUGAAACGAACAUCGAAACGAUAGGUGAGCGCGGCUUCACCUUGGAGAAAAUUAUACUGUGGGCAAGUUGCCGAGAGAAAGAGCAUGAUGCUCUCCGUGCAGGCGAAGCCCAAGCAGUCUCAUUCCUCUCGGGUCUGCUCGAGCUCGAUGCAGGCAAGCGAUGGAACGCAAAGGAAGCCUUGCAGCACGCCUUCUUCACCGCGCCUAUUGAGGACGAGGACGAGCGUGCUGAACGAGAGGCACAAGAAGCGGCCGAACAAGCUGAGAGAAUGAGGCGUUGAUCACAGUUCUCGUCACCUUUGAGUGAUCAAGAGUUUGGCGCCAUGAACAUAUUAUCCACACCAGACUUCUGAGAUGUGGAAAGGCUGCAUAAGGUAU